UAAAUCACGUGACCAGGAAGCUGCAAAGCGUAUCAUUUUCCAAUACAAGCUAUACUCCUUCAUCAAUCUCCGAAACCCUAGAAAUCUGCAAACCAUUCUGCUUAGAUCCUUUGCUUCCAACUCUGCACUGUUUGGAUUUCGCUCUUCAGGGCCUCAGAUUUCAGUCCUGUUGUCAUUCCAAUAUGAUUUAGUGUAACCUUUCAUGCUGGGUUCUUCAACUUCUGUCUUUAACCUCUAUUGAGAUCUCUUGGGUGGUGAAAUGGAGUUGGAAUCUGCCGAUUCAUCAAAUCUGCCUCCUCCUAAAGUGCCAGAAGUACAACCUUCUGUUGCCACAGGUUCUGGACCAGAUAAUGCUGCACGUGAUGCACCAUCUAGGCUAUCAUCAUGGGCCAAAAAUUUGAAAAUUCCUCAGUCAUUGGCAGGGGGACAAGAUGAAUCUCCAACUGGAACUACUGCAAAAUCAAGCUUUGCACGUUUCACUAGUGGGAUUGGAUUGCGCUUGUCUCCAAAAACUCCUACAUCUGAAGAUGGUCCUGAUGGAUCUCCAACGACGGCACAGCCUGGUUUAUUUGGAACAUUUACAAAAGGAAUAGUUGACUCAUCUAGGAAUGCAGUGAAGGCUGUGCAGGUCAAGGCUCGUCAUGUGGUCUCUCAAAAUAAAAGAAGAUAUCAGGAGGGGGGAUUUGACUUGGAUAUGACAUACAUCACAGAGAAUAUAAUUGCUAUGGGGUUCCCUGCUGGUGAUAUGAGCUCUGGGUUUUUGGGAUAUGUUGAGGGUUUCUACCGAAACCAUAUGGAGGAAGUGAUCAAGUUCUUUGAAACACAUCACAAGGACAAAUACAAAGUAUACAAUCUUUGCUCGGAGAGACUGUAUGAUGCAUCCUUGUUUGAAGGAAAGGUGGCUAGUUUCCCAUUUGAUGACCAUAAUUGCCCCCCAAUUCAACUCAUAACUUUAUUUUGUCAAAGUGCAUACUCGUGGUUGAAGGAGGAUAUUGAGAAUGUUGUGGUUGUGCACUGUAAAGCUGGAAUGGCAAGGACAGGAUUAAUGAUUUCUAGCCUUCUUCUAUUCCUGAAGUUCUUCCCUACAGCUGAGGAGUCCAUUGAUUACUACAACCAGAAAAGAUGUUUUGAUGGGAAAGGACUUGUUCUGCCUAGUCAGAUUAGGUAUGUCAAAUAUUUUGAACGGAUCUUAACAUACUUCAACGGUGAAAACCAGCCUGGGCGCAGGUGCAUGCUCAGGGGAUUUCGGCUUCACAGGUGCCCUUAUUGGAUUAGGCCCUCCAUUACGGUCUCUGACCAUAAUGGUGUUCUCUUCUCUACCAAAAAACAUCCACGAACCAAGGAUCUGUCGCCAGAAGAGUUUUGGUUCAGUGCACCAAAGAAAGGGAUAAUGGUCUUUGCACUUCCGGGGGAGCCUGGCUUGACACCAUUGGCUGGGGAUUUUAAAAUCCAUUUUCAUGACCGCCAAGGAGAUUUCUACUGUUGGUUAAACACCACAAUGAUGGAAAACAGAAAAGUUCUAAACCCUGAUGAUCUUGAUGGGUUUGACAAGAGGAAACUGCCAUCCCCAGGAUUCCAGGUCGAGGUUGUGCUGAUAGACCAUGAUGGCUCUGUUCCACCAGCACCCAAAACUGAAACUGAUGACAAGAAAUCAGAUGGAGUCUCGGGUACUGGUUCUGCCUCAGUUGAUGGGGCUAAUGCCACUCCAAACCCAAGUAAAGACCCAGGAAGCAAGGAUAAAGAUGAUGUGUUUUCAGAUGGUGAGGUCGAAGAAUCAGGGUCUUCAAAAAGCAGGCAGGCUCAAGCGGCUGAAGGAAGUGUUGCUGCUAAAACAUCCAGUUCAGAAACUAAGACUAGUCCAGACCAAAUUGUGAGUAUAACACAUAAGACUGAACAGGUCUCGCUUGGAGCCUCUGGCACCACACCUAUCCACGAUGCUGGUAAGCCAAAAAGUGAUGCAGUUGGCGGAGUUACCUCAGGGCUUGAGGUCCCGAACCCAGAAAGGGUGAGUGAGUUCAAGGCAAUGGCUGCUGAUGCUUCUGUUUUUACAUUUGGAGAUGACGAGGACUAUGAAAGUGAGUAAACCAAGAGUUUGAGGUUGAUGGCUUUGAUUCUAAAACAUCUGUACAUAAAUGGCUUGUAAACAAAUUCAAAAUGCACCACUUCCUGAAAACAGGUUGAUGUUCAAUCCAUUCGUUUCCAUUUUAAUAUCAGAUCCUGUUACUGUUUAUUGGUUUGGUGACUCAGAAUUGCUGAGAAUAAGUUGUAAUUUAUACGUACAUGUUCAUACUUAGCUACCCUGUAAAGCGAAAGGGUGUCAUUUUGGUUGAAUUGCAAGUCUUUCAAUGCCUUGUU